AUGGCUUCUCCGGGGCCCAGAAGAUUCGCUCCUUUGCGAGCAACGGCAGAUUUGUCAUCUUUCAAUACUGCUCCGCCUCUGAGAGGCAUUGUAUUUGACAUGGACGGGACGUUGAGUGUGCCGCAGACAUACAUGUUCAGGGAAAUGCGCUCUGUUCUCGGAAUCCCUCAAUCAGUGGACAUCCUCGAACACAUUGAUAAACUGCCCCCUCACCAACAGCCGCCCGCCCACGAGGCUAUCCGCGCCAUUGAGCGCAAGGCUAUGGCCUCACAGGCGCCCCAGCCAGGCCUCCAGACCCUCAUGUCGUACCUCGAGGCCUACCAGAUGCCUAAAGCCAUCUGCACCCGCAACUUCGACCUCCCCGUCCAGCACCUCAUCACCACGUUUAUACCCACCUCCAACUUCUAUCCCGUCAUCACCCGGGAGUUUCGCCCUCCUAAGCCUCAUCCGGCGGGCAUCAUGAACAUUGCCCAGAGCUGGGGCCUGAUAGACGGCUCCGGGGCCGUGGAUGCGAGCGGCCUAAUCAUGGUUGGGGACUCUCUUGAUGACAUGACGGCAGGGAGGUUGGCGGGCGCAGCGACGGUGCUACUGCUCAACGACGUAAACAGGGACUUGGCCAACCACGAAAAUACAGAUCUGGUGAUACACCAGCUGGACGAGCUAUGUCAAGUACUGGAAAAUGGGUUUCAGGGGCGGAUGAUAUCAUGA